AUGGGCGCAAUCCAGGAGAGGCGACGGAUUGACGCAGACACUACAGCAGAGUACGGCAAGUUUAUGGGAUCUAGAUUGGGUAGCGAGAGGACAGAGAGGGCUGCUGCAGCAGACACCGAGUGCGGUGAAUCGGGUUCGCAAGGGAGUUUCGCAACGGCAGCGGAGAGCAGGAGAUUUGACCUGAAGUCUACGGACGGAAUGAAAAUACCUGGACCACUGCCGGGAUUGUCUGUCGACUGGGAUAUGAAGGAUAAGUGGCUUGAAAAGAACAGUACUAGGCGUAUGCUUAGAUUCAUGAACAGCUUGAGGAAGCUGCAGCAAGUGCCUGAACCAUUAGGAAGAGCGAACUUUACCGGGGAAGAAUUGCGAGAGGCCAACAAAAUCAUCGUGGAUGAUUAUUAG